UUUGCCCAACGCACCGAUCAAUAGACACAUUUAUUAUAGCUAUGGAUGCGAGUUUAACAAUUCCUUCGUAACGAGUCCGUACGUGAUUCUUGUACAAUUGUUUAGGGUAACUUGUCACAGCAGUGGCGGCUCGCACGGAACCCUUUAAUUACCGGACAAGCGCAUGUCGGAACGGCUAUCGCCAAUGUCCACAGUAGGCCUAGUUGGCGUAAUUAGUAGGUAUAAAGCGGAUCAAGUUUAAGUCAAAGGAGUAGGGGGCCUUAUUAUAUGACUUGUGGCAAGUUAAGGAAGGCUUAGAUCGUUUCUCAAAUGUGCAAAAGUUCGUGGAUGUAAAUGAGUUUCGGAGUUAACAAGGAAUAUAUCGUACUGAUAAGUGAAGCAUUGAUACCUAGGAGGUUCUUUGUGAGGAUAUGCCAAUUGAGACUGUUGACCGUGGUGUGAGAUAACGCUAUGCACAUGAGGAGACAGGAAUUACAACAGAUUCUAAUGGGAUUAUUUCUGGCAGUCUUGGUUGUCGCCUCGGAAAACGAUACCAACGUUAGGACUAAAAAAAAACGACGGAAUAAGAUCCCUGACGAGCAGCGCUUGAUGACCAAGUUGCUAAGGCAUUAUGAUACGGCUGGUAGGCCGGUGUAUAAUGCUUCCGAUACGGUUACCGUCAAGUUUGGUCUUACUUUGACCCUUAUUGCUGAUAUGGAUGAGGUAAACCAAGUGUUGACGACAAACGUUUGGCUUGAGCAGGAAUGGGUGGACGAAAGGCUCAAGUGGGACCCACAAGACUACAAUGGCCUGAGAGUUUUAAGGGUACCUUGCAAUAAAAUAUGGCUGCCUGAUAUCGUCCUUUAUAACAGUGCUGAUGAUUUCACAAACGGAUACAUGCAAAGCAAAGCAAUGGUUGACAAUAACGGCACAGUAUUCUGGCCUCCUCCAGCAAAGUUCAGAAGCUCGUGCAAAAUAGACAUCACGUACUUUCCUUUUGACGACCAACUUUGUAAAAUGAAAUUCGGGUCUUGGACUUACGAUGGAUUUCAAGUAGAUGUGACAAACCGGUCUGCGAAGGUGGACCUUUCUAACUAUGUAUAUAGCGGAGAAUGGGAGCUGCUGGAAAUAUCUGUGGUACGAAACGAAGUAAAAUACGCCUGCUGUGACGAGCCAUAUCCCGAUGUGACUUUCACAAUCAUCAUACGCCGUAGGACGUUGUAUUAUUUAUUCAACAUAAUCUUCCCCUGUCUUUGGCUGACGGUGCUGAGUUUGUUGGGCUUCUGGUUGCCCCCUGAUUCUGGUGAAAAGAUUACGUUAGGAAUCACUGUGUUAUUGGCUUUCUCUGUGUUUAUGUUGCUGAUAGCCGAGAGUAUGCCAGCGACAUCAGAAUUCGUUCCACUUAUAGGCAUCUACUUGACUACAACAAUGGCGAUGACAUCACUGUCAAUUGUGUUAACGGUCUUCGUGCUUCAGCUUCACCAUGUGGGCCCUCAUGAACGACCCGUGCCAGAAUGGGUUAAAUUCAUCAUGUUCAAAAUCGUCGCCAGGUUGCUAUUCAUGCGAAAGGCCAUAAAAAAGGCAGAAUACGGCAGAGAGGCGAAACGUGACGAAAUGUGCCUUGCAACAUUCGGUGAGCAUCAUCUGGAUAUAAAGGACACCAAUUGUAACGGGAGGCUAAGCCCCCUGCAACUGUCCCAUGACAGACGAGAUCGAGAACGGGGUAGCGUGGCCUUCGACAAGAUUUCAAAACACUUAAGAGUGCUCGUCGCCAAACAAACGUAUGAGGAUAACUUUCAAGAGAUCGUGGACGAAUGGCGGCUGGUUGCACAUAUCAUGGAUCGUUUUCUUUUUUGGUUGUUUUUCAUCAGUGGAUUCGUUUCAUCUAUUGUGAUUCUCGUAAUAAGGCCUAUGUAUAAGCCAACUGGAGGUACAUAUGCGAAUACGUGAAGGAGUGUGUUAGCUAAUCGAACAGCAAUACGGCAGUCGUGAAAAGUUGCCUUUUCCUUUAGAGUAUUUUGACGUAAUGCACGAGAUUAAUGUGAAUGUGACAUAAUGUUACUUGUUUAAUACGUCUUGAAUAAAGUAUACUCGCGCAUAUAUCGGCAUCUUCAAACAAAAGACUAUGUGAUAUGAUUGGAUACUAUGUCACAUAUUGGUUUAACUGUUCAUAGGGAUCGUUGAUUGACUCGUACAGUUUACUGUCAGUCGCAACACCACACAAGUGCAGUUUGAUAAGCUAUAAACAUCCUUCAAAAUAUCAAUGUUACCUGUACGUCGCAAAGGGAGGUAUCAAGCUCGCACACGGUCCUCUGAAUCCACCGUUUCCUCUGAUUCCUCCGUUUCGGCGUGGCCGGGAUCGUUUGGGAACUGGACGGUUAUAUUUUAUAGAAUGACUUAAAAUGUGAAGGUUGGUGUUCUAGUACAUGUAUAUAAUAAAGAGGGAUUCGGCCUGUCCUAUCUCUAACGUCAUUCUAACGUACAUGACUUAAACGCUAUAUUUAAAUGGAGAUGUAUACGGUAAUGGAUUGUAGCUUCAACUCCAACUCUUUAAAACAUGCCAAAUCAAUACAUCAAUGGACCGUAAUCAAUACUUUGUCACAGUUAGGUUACAUUUGUGUUAUCUAUUCAACAUUUACCAUAACCAGCAUCAUGCUUCAUCUUCAGCACCACUUGCUUCAUUGAUAUCGGAAUCACUAUCAUGUCUAAACAUAUUAUUCUAUUCUGUUGCUUCGAAUCAUCAGGAAAUAUCAUUCGACCUAAAAUUUCGUAUGCACGCCAUUACUAAGUUGCCUCGAGUUGUUACAGUAGAUUGAUAUCCAGCCCGUACCAUGCACAAGAUAGCGCAAAACAUCGUUCGAACCUCAACAAAGAUUUCACAGAAUCCGCCACUUUUUCUCACAAGCUAUGGCAUUAUUUACAUGAGUGUAUUACCAAUAAGUAUAGAUUAGUGCAUACUUGGUAUUACCAAGAAUACCAUCAUGAACAUUCUCAUUAAUUGCAUACAUCAUUCUUCAUCUAAUCCCCAUCAGUACUAAUAUCCAAACGUCAGCAACAUCGUUUCCUCAUAGGGUCACAAUCAACAACCUGCCACCUUAUUCCGCGCCCUUAUCAUCCCUGAUCAUUAUCGUGAUAGUCUUCAUCAUCGCCAUCAACGUUGUCCUUUACACAAUAACCAUCAUUGGCAUCGUCAUCAUCAUCAUCAUCAUUGACCUUUUCAUAGUCAACAUCAUCCUUAUCGUCUGCAUUGUCAUCAUCACCGUCAUCAUCACCAUCAUCAUCUUCAUCAUUAUGAUCAUCAACAUCAUCGUUAUCAUUAUCACCAUCAUUAUCAUCAUUAUCAUCUUAAAUCAUUUUUGUUUCAUACCUAUCAACAUAUUUUCAAUUGGUUGUCUUGAAGACUGGCCAACAUAAUGAAUAACUUGAUAUAUGCUGUGAAAAGGAUGUUGGUGUGCAGCCUAAAAGGACACCUAUGUGUACGCCUUUUGACCUUGUCAAUGACUCGGGUUACAGCGAGAGAGCGGUCAUCUCUCUUGGGGUAUAAAGAGCAAAACUGCCCAACUUCUGCUAAAGUGAAGUUCUGGGAUCCUUGCCUUACUUGUAUCCAAGAGUUUGAAUUGCUUAGAAAUUCUGUAAUCCUGUAAAAAAUAUUGUGUGUUGGUAAGGACCAAUCAAAAGCCGUCUGUUACCAAAGCUAUAUGAAGAAGUACAAUGUAUUGUAGAGGGCGUCUGAUUAGACAAGUGAUCAUGAUGUAUCUAUUUAUAUAUUAUGUAAUUAUUUAAUGUACAUAUCGUAUAGGGCGGGUUUUCUGACUGAAAUCAUUUUGAUACUACGUGUAAAGUGUAAAUACUAUGGUUUUGGAUUCAUGUGAUGUCAUCGUAGUCGUGUCAUACUCUAAAAACACACCGAUGUCCUGAAUGUUAUUUCUAUUCAAGUCAAGGAAGUCUAAUGAAAAUAGAACUUACAAAAAAUAUCUAGUCAGAAAAUUGUAAAAAACAUCGGUUUUAAAGUUAUAUAAGAGAUAUCCAUCCACAAUACUGUAAGAUACAUUAAAAUAAAUGACUGAUAC